GUCAAAAUUUAAUCAAGUGUGAGAAAGUGUGACGUGUCGUGUCACGCUCAUAGGUGAGUGUGCCCGCGCAUGCGUCACUGAACAGUAAACAUGGCCGGUAGUAUCCGCUGGUGGACUCAAAACUGCAGCUGUUUGCUCUGUUUAAUAUUAUUUAUUUUCAUCAGUUCAUCAUUAGAUGGUGUUAACGCCGCACCAGAGACGGGCCUGUGGACUAUUACAGUGCUUAAUACAUCAAGACCUUUAUUAUUAAAAAAAUCCAUGUACAAGGACACUGAUAUUCAAGUGAGAGUGUCAUCCUUUGGUUGUCCAGAGGAAGUGACGUUCACAAUUCAGUGGUUUUUGAAGUAUUACCAAUGCCACAAUGAGUACAACAAUAUUGAGGAACUGUAUGACAAGACGCCACUGAGUCGAGGUGUGAGUCUAGACCCGAACCCUCUUGGACCGGGAGAGUAUAUUCAACACAAAUACAGUGGAUUACUGUGUCAAAGCGACAUGCACUUCUUCCCUAUGCUCAAUAAAUCAAAAGCAGAGCCAAAACCUGUGAAAGGAACUGCGGUUGAAGGCGAGUUACAGGCUGAGGGUUCCACAAGUUCCCCUCUUGCUGACACUGGCACAUCUAUAGCAAAGGAUCAUGUGAUUGCUACAACCUGGAGAGAUGGGCCGUACCUGCUUGUGGUUUUGAUUCAACCAAGCAAACAAGAUGUCAACUGGAAUUUAACCUUCAGUGUGGUGAUGAAGGGGACCCACGGCUAUCUCUCCAUCACAGAAUGGCCUCUUAUGAUCUUCUACAUGGUGAUGUGUAUGGUGUACAUCCUGUAUGCUCUCCUCUGGUUUGUUUGGUCCUCCUGUUACUGGAAAGACCUGCUGAGGAUCCAGUUCUGGAUUGCAGGCGUGAUCUUUCUGGGCAUGAUAGAGAAAGCCGUCUUCUGUGCUGAAUAUCAGAACACUAACACUUUGGGCUCAGCAUCUCAGGGUCUGCUGAUCUUUGCCGAGCUCAUCUCAGCUCUGAAGAGAACUCUUGCCCGUCUGCUUGUCAUCAUCGUCAGUCUGGGCUAUGGAAUUGUUAAGCCACGUCUAGGUACAGUCAUGCACAGAGUGGUGGGGCUAGGGGUGCUUUACUUCGUAUUUGCCGCCAUCGAGGGAGUUCUGAGGAUCACUGGGGGUCGAGAUAAUGGACCAGCCCUCAUCACUUACGUGAUACUAGCCGUGUUUGAUUCUUCUGCACUCUGGUUCAUAUUUGUAAGUCUAGCACAAACCAUUAAAACUCUAAAACUCAGAAGAAACCCAGUGAAGUUGUCUUUGUACAGACACUUCACAAACACACUCAUCUUUGCUGUUCUUGCCUCAAUCAUUUUCAUGGUGUGGACGACAAAGAAGUUCCGGUUAACAGAUUGUCAGGCGGACUGGAUGGAGUUGUGGGUGGAUGAUGCGUUCUGGAGGUUUCUCUUCUCCAUCAUUCUGCUGGUUAUCAUGUUUUUGUGGAGGCCAUCAGUCAACAACCAAAGGUAUGCGUUCACACCUUUGAUGGAUGACUCCGAUGAUGAGGAGAUCGAAGAGUUCCUGGUGUCGGCAAAUAUAGCUGAUGGGAUAAAGUUGAGAGCAGCCAAGACAGAAACCAAUGGCACAAUGAAACCUGCAGCAGCUAUUCCGGAUGAAGACUUGAAGUGGGUGGAGGAGAAUAUUCCUACCUCUCUCACUGAUGUAGCGCUUCCUGUUCUUCUCGACUCUGACGAGGAGAUCAUGACUACAAAGUAUGAGAUGUCUAAGAUGGAGUGAGUUUGAGAAAAUCCUGCAUCUACAGCGAGCUUCCAGAGAUCAACCAAACCGCUGUUCCUCAAACUGGCAUCUGACCCUCGCCAGAGAGAACGACAGAGACGGUUUUCAUCCAUCGGUCUGGUUGGUUGGCUGGCAGCAUUUGGGUGCGGAAAUAUUCGAGCAAAUUUAGACGCCGUACUACCUGAACUCUUUUCUCUGAACUCUUCAAAAAUCCAGCAGACAUAAUGUCAACAUUGAUCUGUAUAAAGAGAAGAUGGGUUAUGAUUCUAGACUUUUGUGAUGCCAUACCUGUUUAAAUUGUGAGUGACUAAUCAAAUGCAGUGAUGGCUCAUUUUUCAGAUGGGUUUAAAACAGUUUUUGUUUUCAUUUUUGUUUGUUUGUUUGCUUCUCACUCAAAGUUGAACUUGAAAAACAUAAAUAUUGAUAAGGAACUUCAAGUUGAAUGACCAAAGCGUCUUCUCCAACCAUUAGGACCCUGUCUUUGGCUGUAUAUAAAGUGUUAUUUAUCUAUUUCAUGCUGGUCCAUCAUUUUGUCUACAAUUUCAACACAUAAUGUGAAAUGUGAAUAGUGCAAUGACUGUAGGUGUGUUGGAUUUGUACUGGUGUGUGUCCAGGAAGUCAUUAAAAUAGUAUUCUUUUUCUUCAUAAAUAUUCUUCAAAUUCAAGAGAUAUUUUUUAUUAAAUUAUGUUUUUGUUUUGAGCAUGUGUCCUGUUUAAAGGACUAGUUUACCCAGAGGUGAAAAUCCUUGACCCUCAUAUCAUUCCAGACCCAUAUUUCAGAGAACACAAAAGGAGAUGUUUUGAAGAAUGUUCACGCUUCUCUUUUUCAUACAAUGAAAGUGGAUGGUUAUUCAUGCCAUCAAGCACCAAAAAUGACAGGAAAGCACCACAGAAGUACCAUUAAAAAUAGUUCAAGCUGUGUGAAGAUUCCUCAAAAAUUC